AUGGAGUUGAAUCGUAAGCGCAGAGGUUUCAUGAAGGGGAAGUUGAUGCCAUUCUACCGAGCUGCCAAACCUUCCACAACAAGCAUGCAAUAUAGCAGCAUGGCCAGCAGCAAGGUUAAGCCGAGCCAGGCUUCUCCUAACACAGCUGCUUAUUCAGUUGGGUUCAUGGACUAUGUGAUUGCUGCUCAGCCUAAUCAGACGGUUUCAUUUAUAGUUCCUGCUGCAGACCAUAGCAGCCAGCUCAAGCAGCAGUUUGAUCAUAAACAUUAUGGUGCGGCUGCAGCCGGUGAUGAGAGUGUUGAUAUGAAGGCUGCAACCUAUAUUUCAUCUGUUCAAGAACGUUUCAAGCUUGAACGAAUCAACUCUUGA